AUGGAAAACUUUAUAAGAAGUUCCAACUGUGACUUGUUUAUUAAUAUAUUUCACACUUGUUCUGCAUCUUUAAAUAGCAAGGUUGGUGACCAGAACUUAAAUGAAGGAGAAAAUACUUCUCGCUAUUUAGUAAGCAAAACAAACCUUGAUAUGUUAUCUGAAAUAACGAGCACUCACUACGAGAGUGACUUAAUGAGACUCUUCUUUAUAAAAACAUUUAAUAUCGCUAAAGUGUCUAUAAUGUCCCGAUUGCGAUUUGAUUGCAGUAGAAAUUAUCAGAGCGACAGAUUGUCGAAAAUAUUGUUUCCAGGUAUCAAAAAUAAAUUUUAA